CACAAGGUGUCACAAAAUUUGGAAAUUGUUCUCAAAAUUUCUCGUUUCUGAACAUGUUCAACUUAUAAUUAUUUUUUUGAAUUGUCGCAAUAGUAUUAUUGUAGCAUUUCAACAACGAACCACUGCUCUCUUGUUACCGUUUUUAAUGGCGACAGCGUCAAAAAGGAAAAAUGAACAAGCAAUCAUUGUUACUAGCUCAUCUCAGGACCUCGUCACCGAUCAAAACUCGGGUCGUCGCCAGGAACAGAAGGUCUAUACAUUCAGUGACCGGCCCUCUCCAAAGUCAACGGGACAACUAGGAGUCCAGGCAAAGAACGAUGAAAAGACGAAACCGCAAAAGACAAUUCUUGAGGAGCACGGCAUUAUUCUCGGAAAAGUAAUUGGUACGGGCAACUAUGCCAAAGUCAAGAUCGGCUUUUCGGAGGAGUAUGGCAAGCGGGUUGCCGUCAAAAUCAUCUCCAAGGUGAAGGCUCCCUCUGAGUAUACGCAGAAGUUCCUACCUCGAGAGAUCGAAGCGGUUAAGGGGUUACACCAUGACAAUUUAAUAACCUUCUAUCAAAGCAUUGAGACGAGUCAUAGAGUCUACCUGAUUAUGCAGCUGGCUGAGAAUGGAACCCUUUUAGACUACGUACGUGAGCGCAAGUUUCUGGAUGAGCCGCAGUCGCGGACACUUUUCAAGCAACUUGUGAGUGCGGUGGAGUACAUCCAUAACAAAGGAGUAGUGCACCGAGACAUCAAGUGUGAAAAUCUUCUGCUGGAUGAGAACUGGAAUUUAAAGCUUAUCGACUUUGGGUUCGCGCGCAAAGAUACGCGAACUCCGGAUAACCAGGUGAUUCUCUCAAAAACCUUCUGUGGAAGCUACGCUUACGCCAGUCCAGAAAUUCUAAAAGGCGUGGCAUACGAUCCUUUCAUGUCGGAUAUCUGGGCCUGCGGAGUCGUCUGCUACGCGAUGGUUUUCGGUCGACUUCCCUAUGAUGGCUCUAAUGUGCACAUCCUCCUAAAGCGCAUCAACCAAUCACUGAUUUUUCCUAAAACCCCAUCAUCAUCCAGCGAGUGCAAACAUAUGAUUAUGCACAUUCUUGCACCAGUAAAAAUACGGUACAAUAUUCAACAGGUCAAGGAGGAUCCUUGGUAUCUUUUGAACCAAGAUACGUAUGCGGCUAUGUCGAGCGAAAAACAUACGCCCCAUCACGCAACGAAAGCUUGAUGUCACUAGGCUGCGAUCACAACGGAC